CUUCCCUCUCCAUUCUUCCCCCUCCCUGCUCUCAGCUUCUUUUUCUUCUCCCCACUUUCUCUACGAACGAGUAUUUAUGUCUUCUUUGAUCCGGAAAUUAUAAACUGAAAUAAAACCAAGAUAGAGGAAGGCGAGAGAGAGAGAGAGAGAGAGAGAGAGAGACGGGUUGUCUCUACUUUGUUCACGCAUCCUGGUCUUUCUAGGGUUGCUGACCACAAAGAGGGACAAGGAGAUUUUGUUUCCCUCUCUUUCCCCUUAUCCUCUCUCCUCCAAUCUCUUUUUCUGCCGCUUUACUCCUUCCUAUCUCAGGAUCUUGAAGGGGAAUACGAUUUGGUGUUGGGAUUUUGAAAGGGAAAGUUAGAGAAAGAUGAAGUCGCCUCUGAGGAAGCUCCGAGGGUUCACGCUACACCGGCACGAUGCCAAGGAGAAGAGUGAGCACCAUCACCCUCCGGCGAUGCUGGAUGAGCUCGUCCAGGCCACCCAGGACAUGCGAGACAUGAGGAGCUGCUAUGAUAGCUUGCUUUCUGCGGCAGCUGCCACUGCAAAUAGUGCAUAUGAUGUACAUAUUCUUGCAGAGUUCUCAGAAGCAUUGCAGGAAAUGGGUACAUGUUUGCUUGAAAAAACUGCAUUGAACGAUGAUGAGGAUAGUGGCAGGGUUUUGUUGAUGCUGGGGAAAGCACAAUUUGGACUUCAGAAACUUGUAAAUAGCUAUCGUGCCCAUAUCAUCCAGACAAUUACAAAACCAUCUGAGUCUCUUCUCAAGGAGCUUCGAACUGUGGAGGAGAUGAAACAACAAUGUGAUAAUAAAAGAGAUAUCUAUAAAUUAAUGUUAGCGGCACAUCAGGAGAAACGGUGGUUAAGACAUGCCAAAGGUGAAACUUACUCAACACAACAGUUGUUAGCAGCUCGAGAUGAUUAUGUAGAGGAGGCUGCCCUAUUUUCCUUUCGCUUGAAAUCAUUGAAACAAGGUCAAUCUCGAAGUCUUCUAACACAGGCUGCUCGCCAUCAUGCUGCACAGUUAAAUUUAUUCAGAAGAGGACUUAGAUCUCUUGAACUGGUUGAACCACAUGUUAAAGAAGUUGCUGAACAACAGCAUAUUGAUUAUCAGUUCGGUGGAAUUGAAGAUGAUGAAACUGACAACAAUGAUGAUUAUUCUGGUUAUGAUAGCAGUGAUUAUGGGGAGUUGAGUUUUGACUAUGGACAAAAUGACCAAUAUCAAGAUGUUUUCUCAAAUAAAAAUUCAAUGGAGUUUGAUCGAGCGGACAAUGUAAUUGCCCCUGCAUUAACUAAGGAAUCUGCAAAGGAAAAUGUAGAUAGGAAUCAAGAUCAUUUAUUUACUUUCAAUGAGAGCCCUGGGGUUGGCAGCCAAUCGGCACCAAUUUUUGCUGAUAAGUUGAAAGAAAUCCAACCUCUAUCAACAAGAAAGUUUCACAGUUACGUUCUACCCACACCCUGCGAAUCUAGGAACUCGGACUCCAUGGGGCCUGUGAAUAAAUUUUCUGCAGAUCAGUUAGAAAGCAAGGGUUGCUGGCCCGCACAGUUGUGGCAUUCAUCUCCGUUGGUGGCAAAUAAGCUUGUGAAAGAUUCCAGAGAUAAUGAAUUAUCAAGCCCCACCAGGGUACUUAAAGCACAGUCAGUACUUAAAGAGAGCAACAUUAAUAGUGGUCCUGUCCUCAUGCCUUCUCCCAUGGCAGAGGGGCUUCUAGGGCUGCAAUUUAAUCCACAUACUGCUGAUACUAAAAAAAUCAAAAGACAGGCUUUCUCUGGUCCACUGACAGGUAAAGCUUCAUCAGGCAAGCCGAUGAAUUCUGCCUCUGAUUACAGAUCUUCCAUGGAUUAUUCUCCUGUAUUUUCUGCAAAGCCAGCUUCCCCCACAAAACAGCCAAUGGUUUCCUCAAAAGUGUCUCCUGGCACCUCACCUCCUACUAGGCCAUCACCUAAAAUUAGUGAACUUCAUGAGCUUCCUAGACCUCCCACCAGUUUAACAAAUGCUGCAAGACCUUCCAGUCUGAUGGGUCAUUCAGCUCCUUUAGUUUCUAGGAGUCAAGUGCUUGCGGCAACAAGCAGAACAUCAUCAACUGCAUCUCCUACAGCAUCACCACUACCAGCGCCACCUGGUCCAAUGGCUCGCAGUUUUUCUAUACCUUCUAGUGCUCAAAGAAAGCCGGUUCUACCCGUUACUAAGUUUGUAGAAGCUCGUCGUAGUCCAGAAGUGACUGGAGAGGUCGCUUCACCUCCUCUGUCACCUAUAUCUCUAACAAAUAUUCAUCCAGCAUCAACAACUUCAGAAUUGGGUACUCGAGCUAUGAAAGCAUAAGGAUCCUUCUGAGUAAAUCCACCUUGCUUUUGCUGUCCAAAGCUGGUCAACUUGGUCGCCUGUGAUCCAGUGGUUUUGCAUAUAAUAGCACGUACAUUCCUAGUUUCUGCCAUGAAUCUCAUUUUUUGUUACCUGUCAUAACAAUGGAAGAAAAUUAUGAGCGCCAAAUAAUGAAUCCUUUGUAUGCUACGAUUCAUUAAUGGAAGAACUGGAUUUUCUUAAACAAAGCAUCAAAGGUUUUUGUUCUUUUCA